UUUUUUUUCUGUAGAAUUUUGACGCCAUAUUUUUUAUUAUUUAACAUAUAAUAUAAGCUUGAACCAGCAGAAUCAUCAUCAUCACCAUCAUCAUCCUGUAGUACUGUAAUUCUGGCAGUGUGUAACAACAAGACAUCAACGAACCAUUCCUUCAUUCAUUUCUGGGAAAACAAUAUUUCAGCUUUAAUUCUCUUUCUCCUGGAAGACCCAAAACUCUUGUUUUUUCAAUAUUGUUUUCUGCUUUUUUCACAUAUUUCUUUUCCAAAGCACUUAUACAGGGUUUGAUACUUUAUCUUUUGUUUAAAAUGAGUGGAAUAAAGACAGAUUCAGUUGUUAAAAAUGUUAUCAAGAAUCUUUGUUGCUCUUAUGGAUGGUCUUAUGCUGCUUUUUGGAGCUAUGGCCAGCCAGAUUCCAUAUUAUUAAGCCUGCAAGAUACCUACUUUGAGGAAGAAUUCAGAUCUUUGAUGGAUAAUUUGCUUUUACAAGUACCACUUGGAGGAGGGAUAAUUGGACAAGCUGCUCAUACUAACAAACACAUGUGGAUGUGUUCAGAAGAUCACUACAGAGACCAGAUAUUUUCUGGUUCCAUCUGGGAUAUGUUUCUGAAUGAUUAUGAACUUAGGUGCCAGUUUUCUUCAGGCAUGAAGACAAUUGCAGUAAUCCCUGUGGAGCCACAAGGAGUGGUACAAUUUGGGUCCAGUGAGAAGAUACUGGAGAGUAUAGAAUUUGUGAAUCAAACUAAAAGAAUGUUUCAAGAAAUUGUAAAUGGAGGGUCUGCAACUGGGUUGACUCUUUUCAACAGUCAAAGUUGUAAUCAGAAUGAAGCCAUUGCUUCAUCAGAAGAAUCUUGUUUUACAGGUGGUAAUGUCAAAUUGAUUAAACCUGAUGUUUCUUCAUCUGUUUUAGACGAACUCCCGGAUUUCGGUAUCCCAAAUGAGUUCUUCCAAACUGGAGAGUUCAAUGUUUCUCAGUGGUUCCCACCAUUGAAUCCCAUCGACUAUGAUGGAAAGCAAGAAUCUUUGACUGUGUCAGGUUCUGAGGUUGACUUGUUUGGAAACAGUGGUGAUCUAAGAGACAUUUUAGCGCCGAUCUUGAAUGGAAGUCAACCGGGUCGCAAUUCUUUCGGUAACGUUGACCAUACUGCCCUCGGUCCAAAAGAAAGGUUGUUCUCAAAGCUUGGGAUCCAAGAGCUUUUGGAGGGUGUUUCUGGUAUUUCGAACGCCGGGUCUAGUUCUUGUCUUGAGGGUCAAGUUUCGGUGAAAAGAAGAAAAACAGGAAAUUGUAUGUGGGAAGAGACCAUGCAUAAGCCAAACCCUGGUUUAAGGGUGGUUGAUGGUUAUAGCAUGAGUGGUUCGAGCACGGUUCUGCAAGCCGAGCCUCCCAAACCCACCAAGAAAAAAGCUAAACCAGGGACUCGACCCCGACCCAAAGACCGCCAGCAGAUCUUGGACCGUAUGGCUGAGUUGAGGCAACUGAUUCCCAAUGGAGAAAAGAUGAGCAUAGAUUGUUUGCUGGAUCGGACCAUAAAACACAUGAUUUUCAUGCAAAAUGUAAUGAAACAAGCUGACAUGAUAAAACAAGUUGAUGACCGGAAGAUGAGCAAAGUUACUAUCCAAGACCCAGGCACAAAUGGUGUGACAUGGGCUUGUGAAUUGGGAAAUGAGACAAUGGUUUGUCCACUAAUGGUUGAGGACGUUGGUGCAAACGGUCAAAUGCUUAUAGAGAUGCUCUAUAAAGAGAAGGGAUUAUUUCUUGAGAUAGUGGACAUGAUUCGACAAUUUGGUGUGAUAAUAUUGAAAGGAGUUAUGGAAGAUCGCGGUGAUUAUAUACGGGCGCGCUUCAUAGUUGAACCUGAGGCUAACAAACAUGUAACAAGACACGAGAUAUUUACGUCGCUCGUCCAGUUUCUACAAACGACCGCGGCCGGAGUGGAUAAAAGGUGCACAAAUUCCUGGAAUACUCUACUCGACGACUUCCAUCAAGAUGGAAUACAAAAUCUUGUGAACUUGGUAGAUAUGCAAUAUUGUGUAGACUUGUAACCUAGGUUUCAAACAUACCUUUUGAGUGUUCGUCUAUUAAAGUGUUUGCAUUAGUUAAACUAAUAAGUUUUGAAUAUAUCAUCAAACAGAUUCAAAGGAAACAAUUUUUACUA